AUGUCCUACAACUGCUCCACCAGGAACUGCUCUUCCGGGCCCACUGGAGGACGUUGCUCUGUCCCAGUGACCUCCGUUGCCACAGCUUCUACUCAAGAUACCGACUGCUUGAGUGGCAUCUAUUUACCCAGUUCUUUCCAGACAGGCUCCUGGCUUCUGGACCACUGCCAAGAGGCCUGCUGUGAGCCCAGUGCUUGCCAGCCAACCUGUUACUCGCAGACCUCUUGCAUCCCCAGCCCAGGUCCAGUGUCCUGCUCCAGACCAACCACCUGUGUCUCUAAUACCUGCUCAAUUCCCUGCAACCGGCCAAUCACCAUAGUCUCUGGGGGCUGUCAGUCCCUGGGAGGCAUGUCUAGUGGAUGCCAACCCAUAGGAGGCAUCUCUACUGUCUGCCGACCAGUGGGAGGGGUCUCUCCUGUUUGCCAACCAAUGGGAGCUGUCUCCACUGUCUGCCAACCAUCCUACGGCGGUUCCAGGUUCUACCAGCGGCCCUGCACAUCCAGCUACAGAAGAACUUGCUAA